CGGAAUACCUAUAAGGCUCUUUCCCGAAGUUCGGCCUCAGGUUGCGAAAGGCGCGUCCCGAGCUGCCUGGAACAACGAGAGCUUCCUCAAGCUCCAACACUAUCUCUCUAUCAAUAUCAAUCAAUAGUAUACCCCAUGAACUUUCGAAACUACCACAAUACUUCAACAACCAUUUCAAAUCACCAGACUAUUUACACAUCAUGAAUCACCUUCCACAAGCUUGGGGUCGUGUAAGUUCAAAUAUAUACGCAAAAUAAUAUAAGUUCGAGCUACUGACCAUUCAUUCAAACAGCCUAGAGAUGAUAUCUACGGUGCAUAUGAUGCUUCAUAUCUUCAACAAAACGGACCAAAUCAGCACACUCAGUCACCCAUUGUCACCGGUACAUCUGUCGUGGCAUUGAAAUUCAAAGAUGGUGUUGUAAUUGCAGCGGAUAACUUGGGUACAGCGCAUGGUUGAUUACUGCCAAAAAGACAUGUUGCUAACAUUUCCAUUAGCAUCAUAUGGUUCUCUCGCACGCUUCACAGAUGUAAAACGUCUUCGCAAAUUCGCAGAUACAUCCGUUGUUGGUUUUGGAGGGGACGUAUCCGACAUGCAAUAUUUAGACCGACUUCUUCAAUCCCUCGAUACCGAAGAGGCAUACAGCGCUUCAGGCCACACACUCAAUGCCAAUAACCUCCACAAAUACCUCUCCAAAGUCCUUUAUAACCGUCGAUCUGAUUUUAAUCCUUUAUGGAACACUUUACUGGUUGCAGGAUUGGAUGAACAUGAUAAGCCUUUCUUAGCAAGCGCUGAUUUACUGGGUACAACAUUCUCUUCACCAAGUUUGGCAACUGGAUUCGGUGCACAUUUGGCCCAGCCAUUGUUAAGAAAGGUUGCGCCAGAUGAGGAGGCUACUGCGAAGUUGACCAAAGAGGCAGCUUUAGAGGCAGUCAAGGAGAGCAUGAAGGUCUUGUUUUACAGAGAUGCGAGGAGUAUGGACAAGUAUUCAAUUGCGGUUAUCACGAAGGACGGUAUCGAUUUGAAGGAAAAUGAACAAUUGGAGAAGCAGAGUUGGGCUUUUGGUAAGAUUACAAGACUCAAAUAUUGCAUCAUGGCAUGCUAACAAUUCAAUAGCUGAACAAAUCCGGGGAUAUGGAACCCAGGUCAACUAAGUGGAUGAUUUUAAUUAUACCUUGCGCUGUAAACUAGACAUUGAUGACAUGAAGCAUAUCAGGUUUUGAGGUGGCUUAUUUCAUGGUUAACAAAUACCAUUCUUCCCAUCGUAAAUUUCUUUUCACUCCAGUCUCUAAUGUCGCUCGAGACUUGGUUGGUCUGCGUCUGUGCAUGAUAUCGUGGCACUUCCUGAAAGUUCAAAACCAGUGCUUGUCGCCACUUGGGGGGAUCUUAUGGGUGGACUUCCUGCAAUCUCGUUGUCAAGACACUCGAAGCAUACCAACUGCUUGUGCCCGUCUAUCAUUCUGCGCCUUUCUUUAUGUAUACCUUCAUAGUCUG